AUGCCCCCAAAAACAAUGUUCGAGAAGAUAUGGGACCCCCACGUGGUGCAUGAUGAGCCGGGCGAGCCAUCCAUAAUCUAUAUCGACCUGCACCUCGUCCACGAAGUGACAUCUCCCCAGGCCUUCGACGGGCUGCGGAUGGCCGGUCGUCCCGUUCGACGCACCGACCUGACGGUGGCCACCGCCGACCACAACACGCCAACCUGGGACUUGUCACUGCCUGUGACAGACGAGAUUUCCCAAGCCCAACUAGAAGCUCUGUCCCGCAACUGCGAGGAAUUCGGCGUAACCCUCUAUGACCGGUUCAGCCCCUUGCAGGGCAUCGUCCACAUAAUCGGGCCCGAUCUCGGCUACACCCAGCCCGGCAAAACCGUUGUUUGUGGCGACAGCCACACCUCAACCCACGGGGCGCUGGGGGCCUUCGCCGUCGGCAUCGGCACCUCCGAAGUGGAGCACGUGAUGGCUACGCAGACCCUCCGGCAGUUCAAGCCGCAAACAAUGGAAGUUCGCGUGGACGGACAACUACCUCCCGGUGUCACUGCCAAGGACAUCAUUCUCGGAAUUAUCGGUCGUAUUGGCGUCAACGGCGGCACCGGCCACGUCAUUGAGUAUACCGGCGAGGCGAUCCGCUCCCUUUCAAUGGACGGGCGCAUGACCGUCUGCAACAUGAGCAUCGAGGCCGGUGCCAGGGCCGGAAUGAUCGCCCCCGACGAAACCACUUUCGAGUAUGUCCGGGGCAGGCAGUUCGCUCCGCAGGGCGCCGAAUUCGACGCUGCCGUCGAGCGCUGGAAGCUGCUGCCCACCGACCCGGGAGCCACAUUCGACAAGACUGAGAUAUUUGACGCAUCUCAGAUGGAGCCGUACGUAACCUGGGGUACCAACCCGGGAAUGGUGGCGCCAAUAAGCGGCCACGUGCCGGACCCCAACUCCUUCGAGGAGGCCGGCCAGCGGGAAGCGGCCGCGCGGGCCCUGCAGUACAUGGACUUGCGGCCAGGGACCCCGAUCAACGGCAUCAAGAUUAACCGAAUAUUCGUCGGCGCAUGCACCAACGCCCGGCUGGAAGACCUCCGCGCUGCUGCUGAAGUGGUCCGCGGCCGCAAGGUGCACCCCGACGUCUACGCGAUGGUCGUUCCCGGAUCAGCCAAGAUCAAGCUCGAGGCGGAGGAAGAGGGUCUCGACCGCAUCUUCACUGAGGCGGGGCUCGACUGGCGCGUGGCAGGAUGCUCGAUGUGCCUGGGUAUGAACCCAGACAUACUGGCCCCGGGGCAGCGCUGCGCCGCCACGUCAAAUCGCAACUUCGAGGGACGCCAGGGCAAGGGAGGCCGAACUCACCUUGUCAGCCCGGCCAUGGCCGCCGCUGCCGCCAUCGCCGGUCACUUCGUCGAUGUGAGGGACCUUUAA